UUCUUUCUUUUUUUCGUUAUACCACGGAGGUGGAUGCCAUGUUGGCAGUAAGAUUCAGCGCUUAAUGAAGGAAUACAGUAUUUUCCGGAAAAUAUUACUUAUAUUCCGUAGAAAACAAACACGGUUGGUAAAAUACGAGAAUGAAGUGCGCAUUUUGAUAGGAAACGUAAAAGGAACGUUCAACGCAGUGAAAUAUCAAGUUGACUUUUUUCACCUUGAAAGCCAUGUUUUAUCAUGUGACAUUUGCCGCCCAAUCGGAAAUGUCAUGGCGUUCUGGAAAAAUGUCCUUUGUUCUGCGUUUGUGUUUGUGAUUAUUGACAAAAAGCUGGUCAAUAUGUUUCUAAAAUAACAAUUGGAAAUUGGAAGCACGUGUUACGGGAAUACCUCACUUUGGAAAUGGGAAGGUGUACAUUUUAGGAAAAGGUUUGGAUAGUUUUCCUGUGGUUUUGCUUUAUGUCGAGAAUCAGAACGAAACCAGUCAUGUGACUCCCCUCCCCCACUUCGACCCAAUGAAUGAGGGAAGAAGAAGACAGACAUGUUUGUGGGAAAUGAGUUGGAGAAAAAAAGAAACGUGGCUGAAGAAAAGAAGAGAAAAAGUAAUGUUACCAUUAUGUGGAUUUCAUUUAGGACACUUUUUAGGUAGAGAAUGUCCUUUUGGAAUUAAGCUCAACGAAGAACAUUUGUUUAUUUUUUUUUAAUCCGAAGGAUAAUUCGACAUCUUAUUUGUUGACACUUAUUUGUUAAUGUAAAGUGUUAGAGAAUAAUGCUUUAAUGGUAUAUUUAAUUUAUAAGAAUUUGCGUUGGGAGGAACUUGUAACCUUGUCGAUGGGGGAUGGGUGGGUGUUGGCGAUGACUUGCGUGACUUCUUCGUUUGCAGGCUUACAUGUGCGCUAUAUUGAGAUUUUCUACGUUUUUAGACUUUAAAAUAGCUAGUACGUGUAUUUUUGUGGUUUCUUUAGUAAAUUUAGUAAACGCCAAGUGAGUCAGCCGUGGUAAUUUAGUUUACUUGCGGUUCUUCUGUUAUUCUAAUUAGAUGGCUUAUAUGAUUGAAAAUAUUAAUUAUCUAGUUUCUUUUAAGUGUUUUUAUGCGAUGAAAAUGGUUCUGAGACCAAAUGUUAAGCGGAAACUAUAAGCAAGACGUUCUGUAUUCUGUAUGAGGUGUCAUACUAAUAGUGACUUGAAAAGUUUUUUUGUUUGACCCAGUACAAAUACCUAAUAGUAUAUGGUGAGUAGUUGCGGAUGGUAUAUUGUUCAUAUUUGUAACUUAAUUUUAAGAAUUACUAAGUGCGUAAGCAGAAGCGUUGAAAACUGCUGUGUCAUUCCGUACUUUCGCGCUUGAUAGGGUUGUUGUAGUGGUGUUCUUUCGAUGUUUUAUGUAUGGAGGUUUAACAAUGGAUAUGGUUAUUUUGUAUUAUAUGGAAAUUGUGCAGAGAUGUUAUUUUUAAUAUUAAGUUAUACAAUACAAAUUAGGUAGGCCUCACCGCCCGCGGCUGUAUAUCAUGUGCGUUGCAUGUGCCAGUUUCCGGCGAGUGUUUGGUAUAACCAAUACGGGAUUAUCUUAUAAAGGUCGUAUUUCCUGCUAAAUAGUUAUCCUGAGUUAUUUAUCAAUCUGAAUACGUGGAUUGUGUUAAGUCUACUUUUUUGCGCUUGUAUUCGCUGAAGUAGCGUUUUCACUUCCCAGUUUCGUGUUUUUUGUAGUCACGUACAUUUUAAUAUAAAGGCGUGCAGUUUGUCGUCCAGUGUUUUCUACAUAUGUUUUCCACAGAACAUUUGUACUCCAACGCAGUGUGUUAAUUCUGACUUUUGUAAAUGAAGUUGUUUUCAAACGUGUUUUGUCAGCUAUGUAAGUUGGAAAACGACUUUCUUUCGAACCGCUACCACGAAACUGAAGCGCUCUGUGUAUGUCGGAUGCGCGUGAAUAGCUGAAGCAUCCAAUGGCGUAGCAGCAAAUUGCUCCCGGUGCCCGCGCCUGCGACUCGACGACCAAUAGCCACGGACUCUCUUCCUGUAUUGACGUAAUUUUUGGCCGGUGCUAAACCGUGAAAGGUGGGACCGUUUCGUAAAACUGUGCGACACGGCCAGUCAUGGGAGUAUGUGAUUAAGCUUUGACGUAAGCGUCCAAUAGAUGCACUAUUUGGUUUGAUGGACGUCCCUGCUAUGCGAAUUAGCCAGAAGAAGCGGAUUUGGGUGGCUACUUGUGAAUUAAGGCGCGGCUUGCUAGAUAGACGUGUGGCUUUGCGUAUAAGAGGCCUGUGGGCGUGGGCCUGUGGAGGGUACCUCAUCCAAUCGUCUCAGCAGAUGGGUUUUAAAAAGCCGUGCGGAAUCCGACAGUCGCCAUUUCGCUGAAGCGUUGAACGGAAGGAGGAGUUGACAGGCGGGAACGGAAGAAGACAUUGGAACUUAACAGAAAUAGGUCUUAUAAAGGAAUCCGGAUCCAUCCUGAUGGAGACGGCCGUAAACCCGACCCUUGACAGACUGCUGUCGGAUGGCAGCAGCUCUCUGGGUGGGAAUGCGGGGACUCCGGGGGCCAUCGGGAUGGAGCACAUCGCUGGCGUGUCGGGCCCCGGCAAGCGCAUCCGCAAGCCGUCGCUGCUCUAUGAGGGCUUCGAGGGCCCGGUGCUGCCCCCCCACACACCACCUCCCGGGCCCUCAGCCCCACCCGUGCGGGACCCCAGCCGCCCGGGCCGCCUCACCAACCAGCUGCAGUUCCUGCAGAAGGCGAUGAUGAAGUCGCUGUGGCGCCACCACUUUGCCUGGCCCUUCCACGAGCCGGUGGACGCUGCCAAACUCAACCUGCCGGAUUAUCACAAGAUUAUCAAGCAGCCAAUGGACUUGGGCACCAUCAGGAGACGGCUUGAGAAUAGCUUCUACCGCAGUGCCAGUGAGUGCAUACAGGACUUCAACACCAUGUUUACCAACUGCUAUAUCUACAACAAGCCUACUGAUGACAUCGUCCUGAUGGCGCAGUCUCUGGAGAAGGCGUUUCUGCAGAAAGUUGCCCAGAUGCCCCAGGAGGAGAUCGAGCUUCCCCCUCCGGCACCGCGAGGCAAACCUGCAAAGGCCACCAAAGGCCGCAGGGCGACCGUGCCAGGGGGUGUGACAACUGCGCACCAGGUUCCAGCUGUGUCUUCAGUCUCCCAGUCUGUGUAUUCGCCCCCCACCCCUGAAUUGCCGGACCUGAUGCUACCCACCACGCCGCAGACGAUGCUGGCUCACAAGGGUCUGCUGGGGCUGCCUCCCACACAACCCACGGCCAAGAAGAAGGGCGUGAAACGGAAGGCGGACACCACCACCCCCACCACAGUGGCCCUGCCCCACACCGUGGGGGUGGGCGGCAUGGGCCUGGGUGGCGGCGGUGACUCCCCCCUGAUGCUGUCCUCACUGGGGGCGGAGCUGAAGCCAGGCAUCGGGGGCCCCGUGCUCCUGCAGCCCACCAUGGCCGCCAAGGUGCCGGCGCGGCGGCGGGAGAGCGGCCGGCCCAUCAAGCCGCCACGGAAGGACCUGCCCGACUCGCAGCUGCAGCACCAGCCGUCGCGGCGCGGCAAGCUGAGCCAGCAGCUGCGCUACUGCAGCGGCGUGCUGAAGGACUUGCUGUCCAAGAAGCACGCCGCCUACGCCUGGCCCUUCUACAAGCCCGUGGACGCCUCAGCCCUGGGCCUGCACGACUACCACGACAUCAUCAAGCACCCCAUGGAUCUCAGCACCAUCAAGGGGAAAAUGGAUAGUCGCGAAUACCAAGAUGCCCAACAGUUUGCUGCGGACGUGAGGCUCAUGUUCUCAAACUGCUACAAGUACAACCCGCCGGAUCACGACGUGGUGUCCAUGGCUCGCAAGCUGCAGGACGUCUUUGAGUUCCGCUUCGCCAAGAUGCCCGACGAGCCGGCAGAGGACGUAGUCAUGGCCUCUCUGGGGGGUGGGCUGGGCCUUUCAGCGGCCGAGUCUUCCUCGUCUUCCUCCUCGGAGAGCGAGCCCAGCAGUGAGAGUGAGAGCAGCCCCAGCUCGGACAGCGAGGUGGAGCGAGCCAACCGGCUGGCUGAGCUCCAGGAACAGGUGUGUACCCAGCUGCGGGCUGUACACGAGCAGCUCGCAGCUCUGUCCCAGGCCCCCAUCGUCAAGCCCAAGAAAAAGCGCGACAAAAAGGAGAAGAAGAAGAAAAAGAAGUCCGAGAACCACAGGGGAAGCCGGGGCGACGGUGCUGCUGAGAAACCGCCGAAAUCCGCCAAGAUCUCCAAGAGCAAGUCGAGCCGCUCGGGGAGCAGCUCCGCACCGGGCAAGAAGGCGGCCAGCAAGAAGAGCGGCAAGAACAAGUCUUCCAAGAAGUCCCAAUCCACACCUGCUGUCUCCAACGUGGCCUUAGGGGGGUCGCUGCCACCCCUCUACGAUUCAGAAGAGGAGGAGGAGGGCCGGCCCAUGUCGUAUGAUGAGAAGCGGCAGCUGAGCCUGGACAUCAACAAGCUGCCGGGCGAGAAGCUGGGCCGCGUGGUGCACAUCAUCCAGUCCCGCGAGCCCUCGCUGCGCGACUCCAAUCCUGAGGAGAUUGAGAUCGACUUUGAGACGCUGAAGCCCUCCACGCUGCGCGAGCUCGAGCGCUAUGUCAUGACCUGCCUGCGGAAGAAGCCCCGCAAGCCCUACGUGAUGAAGAAGGCGACUGGUGGGAAGUCCCGGGAAGAGCUGGCCCUGGAGAAGAAGCAAGAGCUGGAGAAGAGGCUGCAGGAUGUCAGCGGCCAGCUCAACUCUGCCAAGAAGCCUCAGAAGGCCAAGGUGGAGAAGCCAACUGCAGCAGAGCCCCACAUCGUGGCCUCUCGCCUGAGCGCCAGCAGCUCCAGCUCAGACUCUUCUUCCUCCUCCUCCUCGUCUUCUUCAUCUGAUACCAGCGAUUCAGACUCAGGCUGAAGUUUGGCGGUGGUGAGGAGGGGCGAAAGGAACCCGACGCAGCGGCCCGCUGGAGAAGUCUAGCCGAGAAGAGGAGGAGAAGGGGGAUGGAGAUGGCCGGGGGGGGGGCCCUGGGUCGGAGAGGCCCUCCCCUCAAUGGAAGGAAAGAUCCACAGGAUUUCCCGUGAAACGGCCUGGGAGACACUGCGAAUGGGAUGGAGGACAGGAGGCGGCUAAAUCACUCCACAUCAGAGACUGACCCCCCCACCCCCACUCGUAUUACUCUCCACACUGUGUAAAUAUAUGUACAAAUACAUAAAUGUCUAUUUUUCUUUUAUAAAGAAGAAUUUUAAGAGAUCCCUGAAGAGGGAAGGUUGAAAUGAGUAUGAAAGAAUGGAGCUUUUUGGAAAUGCAGACUGUGUGUGUGUGUGUGUGUGUGUGUGUGUGUGUGUGUGUGUGUGUGUGUGUGUGUGUGUGUGUGUGUGUGUGUGUGUGUGUGUGUGUGUGUGGGGGGGGGGGGGUUUGGAGUAUGAGGAAGAGUCAGACCCACUCAGCCCUCAGCUUGAGCACCAUCACUGUAAAGUCUAGGACUUGCAUGUAAUGUCAUACCUGGCUGGGGGGUCCAGUUUGCAGCCUCCCCAGUGGUGCUUCUUUGUUUGUUUUUCUCAUUGCCAAUCCCGUCUCAGCCCCUGCCCCACACAACAGCUGGCUGACACAUUAUAGCCCCCCCCAAGUCCUGUGGAGUGUUUUGUACCAAUUGUCCUUAAACAGCAGCCAAGCUCCGCCUAACCUGGGCUGUGUGCUUCAGGCUUCCUGACAGCCUUCAUCGGUAUGGCCUUUACAUCUGUGUUCCUCAAUCCGGUCCUCGGAGAUCUCUCCCCCCUGAACGCUUCACGUUCUUGCAAGUGGGAGGGAGCAAAAACAUGGACAAGGUUGAGAAACACUGCUUUAAGUGUUACACAGUUCAUAGCUGCAGGUGAAGUUCUUGUCUUCAUUCAUCACUGGGGGUGUGGAGGAUUUUUUACUGUGUGCUGUUAGAUUGGGGCAAGCGGAGGCCGCAAUAUGCACACUGCAGUGUGUAAUCACUGUCAGUCAGGAGCAGGCAUCUGGAAAAUUGUCUGAUUCUCCAUUUAAAAUCAGCCACUGGCACUGCGAUGCUGUGAUGCCAGUUUACCUGUUUUGUUUGUUCUUCAGCUCCAGUUCCUCUGACUUGGGUCUGGGGUUCAUCACUUGGUGACGCAGCACUGCCUUUUGCUCGUUAGACAGCGUGUUCCGCAUCCAUGCUGAGAUAUGCACUGAGAGGGGAAAGUGAAGAAUACAAGAGGGAGUUAUGGUGAUUUUUUUUGUGGUACCUCUGUCUAAUUAGGAGGUGUAUGGCGUACAUUAAGUUUUAUUUAUUUUUUAUGGUGAGUUUCUGCCGUGAGAUGUUUUAUAAAAACUUGCGUGGGUCGUGCCCUUGCUGUUAGGGGCUUGGGUGAACGGUCACUUUUUUUCUGAGAGAUGUACAUUUUGUGGGGGGAAGCUCCUUUUAUUGAUGACAUGUAAAUAUUUCCUACAUUUACAUAACGUAGCGGCAUGUUUAUUCCAACAAGUGAUUUCCUUUCCGCUUUUUCUGUAACUUUUUUUUUCCUUUAAGAACUCAGCGGUGCAUGGUUGUUACUUGUGUCGUUUUAUUUUCUAAAACAAAACACCAAACAGAAAAAAGUGCAUCUCUCAGGCCGGGGUCAGAUUGUUCGCCGUCGGCCUGAGUGCCGCACAUCGGAAACCUUCCUUUGACGAGCUGUUCAUCAAUAAAAGAACGGAGUUUCUUCUCUA